UCAAGAUCAAACAUUGCCAUCAGACAGCUCACUAGUCCUUGAAAUUGACUGAUCAAGAUUCAAAGGAGGAAUCAAAUCAAACAGUCGAGUUUCAAAGAAAUUGCAGGACAAUUUACACAGAGAUGGUAAGCAUGCAAGUAUAUAUAAACAAGCGAAGGUUUAUGGAAAGAGCUGAGUAAAGAAAAUAGACAAGCCAAAUACCUAUGUCGGUGCCAAAAUAUCCAGGUUUGCUCGACGAAGAGGAGAGUUAUGAGACUGCACAAACCAUGGACCCAAAGUUAUAUAGAGCAAUAAUGAAAGAUGACAUUCUUGAAUUCGUGAGAGCAAUGGAUUGUGAUCGACAGCACGGGCCAACAGUUUCUUGCGUGCAAUUAGGUCCACAGAACAAGACAGUGCUGCACGUAGCAACAACCUAUGCGAGUUACGAAAUUGUCAAACUAAUCUGCAAGGACUUACCUGACUUAGUUGCUGAAAAGAAUGCCCGAGGUGACACUGCACUUCAUAUAGCAGCAAGAGCCGGUAGUUCACGACUGGUGACAUUGCUAGUUAAUUCAGAUUUCGGAGAAGGUGGUCUGCGUGAGAAGAACGAGGAAGGGAGCACUGCCCUGCAUGAGGCACUGAAAUAUGGGCACGAAGAAGUGGCUAGAAUUCUGAUCAACAGGAAGCCAGAGAUGCCCUAUUCUCUUAACAAGGAAGGUAAGUCUUUGCUUUAUCUGGCUGCAGGAGCAGGAUUUCUCACCAUUGUUAGGCUCCUUAUGGACAAUCCUGUUGGGAACUACAGCUCAGGUGCGAAACAUAAAAGCAAGUCGCCUGUUUUUGCUGCAAUACUUGGACACAACAUCGAUGUCAUUAAGUUGUUGUGGGAAAAGGAUCCAUCAAUGUUUCAGCUGAGAAAUGGCAAAGGCAAAAGUCCUCUUCAUGCAGCUGUAUGCAUGGGAUUUACAGAAGGGGUCAAAUUCUUGCUAGAUAGGCAGUUUGAAUUUGCUUACCAGAAAGAUAAACAAGGCUUUUACCCCAUCCACUCAGCAGCCAGCAAAGGACUUGUAGAUGUGAUCCAAACGAUGCUUCAGUGCCGGCCAGAUACGAGGGAGCUGCUAACUACACAUGGUCAGAAUAUACUGCACGUGGCAGCUAGAAGUGGAAAAUACAAAGCAGUGGAGUAUAUGCUUAAAAGGCCAGAACUGGAGAUGCUUAUUAAUGAAAAAGAUGCUGACAGGAACACACCAUUACACCUUGCAACCAUUUAUGCGCAUCCAAAGCUGGUUGGCAUUCUUGUGAGGGAUAAAAGAGUGAUUCCUAGGCUGUUAAACAACAACCGCCAGAUGGCACUUGACAUUGCUGAGGAACAAAUCGAAGUGGGAUUGGUAUCAUUUCACAAGAGGCUCACCUGCAUGGCCUUGAGAGCAGUUGAUGCCCCACGAGCACAUAAACCAACUACUUCCAGAAGCAUGAGUUUUAAGCUGGGAGACCAACCGGAGACAGAAAGUUGGAGAGACAAGAUAAAUACGAUUCUGCUGGUUGCCACACUAAUUGCAACUGUUACAUUUCAAGCAGGUUUCACCGUGCCUGGUGGUUAUAACAAUACCAACUCCGACCAAGGUACUGCAACCAUGCUUAAAAAGGUAAAGUUUCAGGAGUUUGUGAUUUGCAACACCAUAGCAAUGCAUACCUCGGUCAUUGUUGCUGUGACUCUACUAUGGGCACAAUUUGGAGACCCUAGUUCCAUGCGUUUAGCUUUGAAAUCGGCUAUGCUUCUGCUGGGGAUAGCUCUAGCUAUGAUGUCUAUAGCAUUCUUGGCCGGUGUCUACCUAGUUGUCAGUAAACUCUGUUGGCUUGCAAUUACCAUCCUCCUCAUAAGCUCGAGCUCUGUCAUUGCACUGAUAGUGCUAUUUAUUCCUCUAUGUUUCUUGGGCUCAUCAAACCGUCACAUAUUCCGCCGCCUCUCAUACUAUCCAUUCUGUCUUGUGCUAUAUGCACUCAGAGACUAGGAAUUCAAUAGAGGGCGCGAGGUUAUCCGAAGAUAACCUCCAGGUACUGACAAUCAAUAACUGUUUAGUACUUGGUUUUGCGUGCUCGGUCAUUAUGAUGUAAGAUAGGAGAUGGAAGCAUUUCAGAACUGCAACAUGCUUAGAGUUCUACACUUUACUUUACCAGAUCCUGCAUAAUAGUACAGGCACAUGUCAAAUAUAUGGUGUAUGUAAAUAUGUUAAUGCCUGGAAAUAGUGUGCUCAUAUUGCCUGUAGAAGAUAAACAUCUUGUAAAUAUAGCCUACAAGGCGCUGCUUUGGAAUUGGGUAUUGUUCAACUCUAUUGAACUGCCAAAACAAACAGUUGUGAAGUAUCAUAUCAAGCAUUACAAAUGUGUUUGUAAA